AUGCCUAAAAAUAGCAAAGUUGCAAAGAGAGAGCUGGAUGAAGAUGUCACAGAGUCUGUCAAAGAUCUUCUUUCAAAUGAGGAUAUGAAUGAUAACCAGUUUAAAAAGAGUGCGUUAUAUGUAGAUGAUUCGCCUGCUGACAAAGAUGUGGACAUUGAAGAAGGAUUUGAUGCCGAUGAUGAACGGCCUGCCUGGAGUAAUAAACUUCAGUACAUUCUGGCGCAAGUCGGAUUCUCUGUUGGUUUAGGCAAUGUAUGGAGGUUUCCAUACUUAUGUCAGAAAAAUGGUGGAGGUGCCUACCUCGUGCCAUAUUUGAUUUUGCUCCUUGUUAUUGGCAUCCCUCUCUUUUUCCUGGAACUUGCGGUGGGUCAGAGAAUCAGGCGAGGCAGUAUCGGUGUGUGGAACUACAUCAGCCCACGACUGGGCGGAAUAGGAUUUUCCAGCUGCAUUGUGUGCUUCUUUGUAGCUCUUUACUACAAUGUUAUUAUUGGUUGGAGCUUAUUUUAUUUCUCCAAGUCCUUUCAGCACCCAUUGCCCUGGGAUCAGUGUCCCUUGGAAAAAAAUGGGACCCAGACCUUUGUCGUUCCUGAAUGUGAAAAGAGUUCCGCCACAACCUUCUUUUGGUACAGAGAAGCACUGGACAUAUCGAACUCCAUUUCUGAGAGUGGGGGUCUGAACUGGAAGAUGAGUAUUUGCCUAUUCAUCGCCUGGUUUAUGGUGUGUCUUGCCAUGAUCAAAGGCAUUCAGUCUUCUGGAAAGGUGAUGUACUUUAGCUCUCUAUUUCCCUACGUUGUACUUGUCUGCUUUCUGGUUCGAGGCCUUCUUCUGAAGGGUUCUUUUGAUGGCAUCCGUUACAUGUUUACCCCUAAGCUGGAGAUCAUGCUGGACCCUCAGGUCUGGAGAGGGGCUGCGACACAAGUGUUCUUUGCUCUUGGCCUGGGAUUUGGUGGCGUGAUUGCCUUCUCCAGCUACAACAAACGUAACAACAACUGCCAUUUUGAUGCGGUCCUCGUGUCCUUGAUCAACUUCUUCACGUCCAUCUUAGCAACACUGGUGGUGUUUGCUGUCUUGGGCUUCAAGGCAAAUAUAAUAAAUGAGAAGUGUGUUGCUAGAAAUACAGACAAGAUCCUGGAAAUGCUGAAGGCAGGAGUUAUCAGUCAUGACCUCAUCCCUCACCACGUUAAUCUGUCUGAUGUUUCAGCCACCGAUUACCAUCAGAUGUACAACAUCAUAAAGGAAGUGAAAGAAGAAGACUUUCAGAAGUUAGGUUUGGAUUCAUGUCAACUGGAGGAUGAACUUAACCAGGCUGUACAAGGUACUGGUUUAGCCUUCAUCGCUUUCACUGAGGCCAUGACUCAUUUCCCAGCAUCCCCCUUCUGGUCAGUGUUGUUCUUCCUAAUGCUGGUAAACCUAGGCUUGGGCAGCAUGUUCGGCACCAUUGAAGGAAUACUCACACCACUGGUGGAUACAUUCAAAGUGCGCAAAGAAAUCUUGACCAUUGGCUGUUGUCUCGUAGCUUUCGGUAUUGGCCUGGUCUUUGUACAGCGCUCUGGAAACUACUUCGUUACCAUGUUUGAUGAUUACUCAGCUACCCUGCCCCUUCUGAUUGUGGUUAUCCUGGAGAACGUCACUGUUGCUUGGGUUUAUGGCACAGAUAAGUUCAUGGAGGACUUAAAGGAUAUGCUGGGUUUUACUCCAUUCCGAUACUACUAUUAUACAUGGAAAUACGUCUCUCCACUAAUUCUUAUUGCUCUGCUCAUAGCAAGCAUUGUCCAGAUGUGCUUAAGUCCACCGGGCUACUAUGCCUGGAUUAGUGAAUUGGCUGGUGAAAAGUUUCUGAGUUUCCCAGUGUGGGGUUUGACCAUCUGCAUCGGCCUCAUCAUCCUGGCAGUUCUUCCCGUCCCUAUAGUCUUCAUCAUUCGUUAUUUUAACCUCAUUGAUGAUGGUUCCAAUUCCCUGGCCUCGGUCUCCUACAAAAAAGGACGGAUCCUGACGGAGAACUCCAACCUGGAGGAAGAUGAUGCCAGUCUCCUGCAGAGCAAAACCCAAAGUGAGAUGCCCUCCCCAAUGGUUGGUAAUAGUAUUUAUCGUAAGCAGAAUGGAUCCCCCACUCCAGAAGCAGACACAGCUCCGAAUGGCCGCUAUGGUAUUGGAUACUUGAUGGCUGACAUGCCUGAAUCGGACUUAUAGUUUCUGAUUGAGCUUUGCCUGGCUAUGUGUAUGUUGUUACAUUGCGCAAAAUUGCCACUCGGAAGCACGCAGAGUACUAAUGUGGCAUAUGUACCAUGUAUAUCCUGUAGAUAGACUAUAUUUUUCCAUAUUAGUGAUACUGAAAUACUGUGCCUGCCAGUAGCUCUGAAUUUCUAGUUCUAUAAGAUUGUAUUCAGUAAUCCCUAUAAGGAAAAAAAAGUAAUUAUCUUUUUUGAAGAAAAACUUUGUUUCCCAGUCACAGAUUAUCCUUUAUCAGUAUGUAAAUCAGCAAAUAUAUGGAAUUCUCAUUUCUAAACUUUACAUGACAUAUGCUGACAUUUAGGAUUAAUUUGAACACUGAACUAAGAAUGUAAACUGACAUUGUUGCAAAUUAUUUACUAGCUUAUGACACCCCAGUGCCAGGUGACAUCCACACCCGACUUCAAGGCGAGUGGUCCCAGGUUCAAAUCCUGCCGGCUCCCUUGUGUGCUUCCAUCCGUGCUGGGUUGAGCAUCGAGCUAGCAAGUUGGCCUCGUAAAAGACAGAUAAAUGCUAAAGAAACGGCAAGACUGCUGCCUGAUGCACCAAAAGGCGCGGGGAGGAGCAACGACAAUGAAACCCCAGUACAUAUUUUUAUUUGUACAGGGGAUUAUCCUUUUAUGACACCCACAGUCUUAGCCACAGGGCAGUGAUUGGCACUGAGGUAAAAACACAGUAGUCCCAAUUCUCUACGACUUUUUCAAGUUCAAAUGUUUUUUUAAUUAUUAUUACUGAAACCCCAGUGUGAGGAUUAAGAGUUUGCUGGCUGAAUGAGUACUGUUGCUACAG